UGCGGCGCCGGCGCCAUUAAGAGCGGCAAGUGCAUGUUCGCCAUCGCGCAGGCCGAUGAGCCAUCCGUGCUGCACGCUGCAGCUCCUCGCCCUGCAGCCCAUCGCUGCGCAGUUGUCCUGCUGCACGCUCGACGCAUGGCCGAGCGCCGGCGCCGAGGAGGCUGCCCUCCGGCCGGCCUCGCGCCAGCAGCCGCAGGCAUCCCACGCCGAGCGCUCGGGAACAAGACAGAGAGCGGACCCGCUUCUCUUCACUCUCGGAUGAUGGUCCGAGCACACUGCUCCCGUGCAGCAGGCGGCUUCGAGAAGGCACACACGAUCGAGAAGCAGCUCGUCCGAGUGGUUCGAUGCCCUCGGCGGGCUUCUCAUAAAGUGACACGGCGCUCACCUUGUCUCUCACUCCCACACCCCUCACAGCAUGGCACCCUCAGCCACCAGCGCCGCGUCUGCUCCGGCACCCGUCGCCGGGCCCAACUCGAGCCGCAUCCAGGCCGACCCCGAGCUCGUGCAGUACCCGACCUCCUGGGCGCCGCUCAGCACGCCCGAGGACUUCUAUGCGCGCGCCAAGCAGGUGGCCGACCUGCUGCACGCCGACGAGGCCGUGCGCGACCGCGGCAACGUCGUGCCGCACCGCCAGGUCCAGCUGCUCAAGGAUGCGGGCCUCGUGACCAUCCUCGGCCCUAAGAGCGCAGGCGGCGGCGGCCAGACGUGGAAGGAGGCGUACCAUGUCGUGCGCAUCGUGGCGCAGGGCGACGGCUCGCUCGCGCAGCUCCUCGGGUACUCGCUCAUCUGGUACAACGCCAUUGCCAUCCUCGGCACCGAGGAGCAGGUGCCGCGCAUCCAGGAGUGGCUCACAAAGAACAAGUACUUCCUCGGCGGCGCAGUAAACCCGCGCGACUCGGACCUGCACGUCUCGCAGCACCCCACGGACCCGACGAAGAUCGUCUUCAACGGCAAAAAGACGUUCUCGACAGGCUCGAAGAUCUCGGACAUUACCAUCCUCGAGGGCUCGUUUGUCGAUGACCCGUCGGCGCCGCACGUCUUUGCGCCCGUGCUCUCGAAGCAGGCCGGCAUCAAGUACGGCGACGAGUGGGUCGACACGCUGGGCAUGCGCGGCACUCAGAGCGGCGGCAUCUCCAUCACCGACGUCGAGGUGCCGUGGGCCGACGCGUAUGGCUUUGCCGAGCGCAAGUUCCAGCCCAUCGGCGCGUACAACACGCUCAUGCUGCCGGCCAUCCAGCUCGUCUUUACCGCCUUCUACGUCGGCAUCACGCAGGGCGCCCUUGCGCGCGGCCUCGAGUACACCAAGAAGAACACGCGCGGCUGGCCCUACACGCCGUCGCCUGCCGCGCGCGGCACGGACGAGUGGUACAUCCAGGACGGCUACGGCACGCUGCAGGCGCGCCUGUGGGCCUCCGAGGCGCAGUUUGCCAACGUCGUCGAGCACGGCGCGCGCCUGCUGCACACGGCGCCGCGCGCCAGCGUCACGGAGGAGCAGCGUGCGCAGUGGGCCGUGCAGGUGGCCGCGACAAAGGUCGUCAUCGCCGACCUCGGCCUCGAGGUGACGAGCAAGGUGUACGAGUUCCAGGGCGCGCGGUCCGUCGCGGGCAAGUACGGCUUCGACACGGCGUACAGAGACCUGCGCACGCACACGCUGCACGACCCCAUCGCACACAAGCGCGCCGAGGUCGGCCGCUUCGCCCUCAACGGGCCCGGCAAGGACGGCUGGCCCGAGCCGACGUGGUACACCUGAGCACGCGCGAGUGUGAGAGGAUUCAUUGUGUUGAGGAGUGCGAGGCUCGGCGACGCGGCGAAUGACAUGACUGC